AUGAUUAAUCUUCUUCUCUCACAUAAUGCAAAUGUCAAUAUACCACAUUAUCAAGGAAAAACAUAUCUUCAACUUGCUGUUGAACAAAAUAACCUUGAAAUUAUAGAACUUUUACUUUCAAAAGGAGUUAGUAUAAAUGAAAAAGAUGAAAAUGGAAAGACAGCACUUUUUUAUGCAGCAACUCUAAGAAAUGAUUCGGUAAUAAAAUAUCUUUUCUCACAUGGAGCUUUUAUUAACGAGCGAGAUUCAAACUCCUCUACAGUUCUUCAUGUUGCUGCAGGUUAUAAUUCAUUAACUAUAGCAAGAUUUUUGAUAUUAAAUGGAAUUGAUAUCAAUGUCCAAAAUUUUGAUGGUGAUACUGCACUUCAUAUUUCUUUAUAUAACAAAUCUAAUGAAAUGGCAGAAUUCCUUCUUUUGCAUGAUGUAAAUGUAAAUUUGAGAAAUAAUAAAGGAUGCUCAGCACUACAUUAUGCAGUGUCAAAUAACUCUCAAUGGAUGGUUUGGCAGCUUCUUUCACAUGGUGCAGAAAUAAAUUUAAGAGAUAAUCUAGAAAAAACUCCUCUCCAUUAUAUUUCUUUCCAAUAUUUGGAAGUGUCACGAAUGAUUACACUACUUCUCUCACAUGGUGCAGAUAUUAAUGCAAGAGAUAAUCAAGGAAGAGCCUUCAUUCAUUAUGCUACUGAGCGCCCUUUUUUAGAUGUAUUUGAAUGUCUCAUUUCACAUGGCGCAGAUGUCAAUAUUGUAGAUUAUGAAGGAAAAACAUCUCUUCAUAUUUUAGCUGAUAAAAAUGAUGAAGAAUGUUGUAAAUUCCUUAUUGCUCAUGGCGCUGAUAUCAAUGUAAAAACUUAUGAAGGGAAAACAGCUCUGCAUUUUGCAGUUGGUGAAUACUGUGAGCAUAGAUUAACAAAAAGACUUCUGAUUUCUCAUGGUGCAGAUGUCAACGAAAAGGAUUUUCAUGGAAUAUCACCUAGAAAUUUAAUACAAAAAAGAAGAUGGGAUAAUUUUUGUAUUAAUAUAAUAUAUUUAAUUAGAUGGAUAUUAAGGCAAGUUUUUUAA